GGCUGUGCAGUCCCGUAGCUGAGGUUCGGGGCAGACCUGGUGGUUUAUGGGUGUCAGGAGGCUUUUCUGGGGGCAGCGCAGUAGAGCGCGUACAAGCAUCCAAAGGAAGGCAGCUGGGGAACUAGAAGUCGGGACAAACUUAACUCACCUGUACAGAGGAAACUAUUUUUCUCAUUUGGGGGGGAAUUGCGCGCAGCUUGCUGUCCUGCGGGAUGGAGCGUUUAUGGGAUUGUGCCUCUUGUGCUGGGAUGUUUAUGCUGGGGGUGCUGUGUGUGCUCUGGCCGGCGCCAAAUGAAGUUUGGAGUUUUAACCUUUACGCGGAACAUCCUACGGUUUACAGAGGACCUAAUGGAAGUUAUUUCGGUUAUUCAGUAGACUUCUACCAAGCCACUAGCGACAGGAACAUGAUCAGUGUGCUGGUGGGGGCCCCUAAAGCGAACACCUCUCAACCAGGCAUCGUGGAGGCUGGAGCUGUCUAUUAUUGCCCAUGGCCGGGACUGCCUGAUAGCUGCAGACAGAUUCCGUUUGACAAUUCCAAUAACAGAAUGAUUAAGGUGAAUGGCACCAGAGAGCCUCUGGAGUUUAAGUCUCACCAGUGGUUUGGAGCAUCAGUCAGGACACACAAAGGAAAAGUGGUGGCAUGUGCUCCUCUGUACCACUGGCGAACAGUGAAGAGAGAAGGGGAGAAAGACCCCGUGGGGACCUGCUAUGUGGCCGUCCAGAAUUUCAGCGCCUACGCAGAGUACUCACCCUGCAGGACCAGUGAUCCAGACCCAGAGGGACAGGGUUUCUGCCAGGCUGGGUUUAGUGUGGAUUUCACCAAGGAAGGAAGGCUGGUUGUAGGAGGACCUGGAAGCUUUUACUGGCAAGGUCAAGUGAUGACAGCAGGAAUAGCUGAGAUACUGAAUGGCUACUCUUUAAAGGCAGUGCUAAGACGGGUUCCAGGAGAGAAACAAACAGGAGCUACUGAAGACACAAACGAUGACAGCUACCUCGGCUACUCUGUGGCAGUGGGAGAGUUUACAGGAGACUCUGAGCAAGAGCUGAUAGCUGGAGUCCCAAGAGGAGCACAUAACUUUGGAUAUGUGGCAAUGAUCAACUCCACCAAUCUGACCUUCAUCCAGAAUUUCACAGGGGAACAGAUGGCUUCCUAUUUUGGUUACUCAGUGGCUGUCACUGACCUGAAUGGUGAUGGGACGGAUGAUAUCCUGGUUGGAGCACCCCUCUUCAUGGAGAGGGAGAUGGAGAGCAAACCCAAGGAGGUUGGAAGGGUGUACCUGUACCUUCAGCUGGCUUCACUUACUUUUUCCACACCUGUCCCCCUUACCGGCACCUAUGUUUUUGGACGCUUCGGGACAGCUAUAGCGCCUCUGGGAGAUAUCAACCAGGAUGGAUACAAUGACGUGGCAGUGGGCUGUCCGUUCGGAGGCGAGGACCGUGGAGGCAGAGUAUUGAUCUUUAAUGGUAACAGAGAAGUAUCCGUGAAAGGUCUGAGACUAAGCCAGGAGCUGAGAGCUGCCUGGACCCACAGUAGGAGUUUGCCUGGAUAUGGAUUCACUCUGAGAGGAGGCCAAGAUCUGGACAGCAAUCAGUAUCCUGAUUUGAUCGUGGGUGCGUUUGGUGCAGGCGAGGUGUCAGUGUACAGGUCUCGAGCUGUAGUGUCUGUGGAGGCUUCAAUGAUCCUGACUCCCAGAAUCUUGAAUCCUGAUGACCGACAAUGUAUUCUGCCUCAGACGGAUGUCAAGGUUACCUGCCUGAAAGUGGAUGUGUGUGCAGCAGUAAGCGGUGUGGGGAUACCCAGCUCUGUAGAUCUGAGGGCCGAGCUGCAGCUGGAUUGGUUAAAAGGCACCAGGAGUGGAAUUAAGAGAGUUCUUUUCUUGGAUACUCAACAGCCUCAGCACACAGGACUCCUAAAGCUCGGUCACAACCACCAACACGCAUGCUUGAGCUACAUGAUUUAUUUGAGAGAGGAGGAUGAGUUUAGAGACAAACUGACCCCCAUCUCACUGGCCCUGAACUACAGUCUGGCUCCACCUACACAUGACCAGACCCUCCCACCUGUUCUCAACCAAUACAGCAGCACUUUCCUUCAAGAGCAUGCUUACAUCCUCCUGGACUGCGGUGACGACAAUAUUUGUAUCCCCAACCUCCAGCUCUCUGCCAGCAUGGAUCGAACCGAGCUCGUGAUCGGAGAUGACAAUCUGGUCAUGCUAAUCAUCACUGCAGUGAACCAAGGAGAAGGUGCCUACGAGACAGAGCUGUACACGCUGAUACCGCCAGAGGCUGACUACAUUGGAGUGGAGCGCAGGGUGGAGUCUCUCUCUCAGCUAAAUUGCGAGUACAAGAUGAUCAAUGAGUCCAGGAUGGUGGUGUGUGACCUCGGGAACCCUAUGGUGACUGGGACAGAGCUAUCUGUUGGCUUGAGGUUUUCGGUCCAAAGGCUGGAAGAUGCUGGGCCAAAAAUCAGCUUUGAGCUACAGAUCCACAGCUCCAACAAAGAUAACUCUGACAGCAACCUGGUCAGUUUGAAUCUAUCCAUCGCUGCCAGAGCUGAGCUCAAUUUACGUGGGGUGUCUCAUCCCUCUCAGGUGGUGCUCCCAUUCCCAAACUGGGAACCCAAAGAGAAGCCUGUCAAAGAGGAUGAUGUUGGACCACAAGUAACACACAUCUAUGAGCUCCAUAACUCUGGUCCCAGCAGUAUAGGGGAGGCUGAGCUUCAGGUCGGCUGGCCUUCCCGUUUCCGUGAUGAGAACCUGCUGUAUGCCAUGGAGAUUCAAACUGACGGCCCAAUUAGCUGCCGGACAAACACCAGCCUUAAUCCCCAUGGCCUUCAGGUCACAGAUCUACAGGACACACCUGAAUUACUUGGCUUCUUGAGGAACACCAGCGCUCCUCCUCAACGCCACAGACGAUCUGUCAGCACUGCUGAGAGCUACAGCAGUAAGACCUUGAACUGCACCAACAUAUCCUGUCUGAGGAUCAUGUGUGUUGUUGGUCGGUUGGAUCGUGGCCAGAGCGCGGUGGUGAAGAUCCGAUCGAGACUGUGGGCGCAUACUUUUCUGCAACGGCGUAAUGACCCCUACAUUCUCAACUCUACUGUGUCCUUCAUGGUAACAUCUGUGCCUUAUCGUAUCCAACCCCCCACCAUGCCUCAACACAGAAUCUCUAUGGGUACCCUGGUGUUGUGGGGGACUCCAGAUGUAUCGUUUGCUGUUCCUCUCUGGGUCAUCAUACUGGCCAUACUGCUGGGGCUGCUGGUGCUGGCCAUGCUGACAUUAGUCAUGUGGAAGUGUGGUUUCUUCGACCGGGCACGGCCACCAGCUGAUGAUAACGUCUCCGACCAGGAGAAGCUGACUUCUGAUCAAACAGGCGACGCCUAAAAUGACACGUGACUGCACCUGGUUGGAAGUUUGCAGUUUGGGAGGGAUGUGCACCUUCUGAAUAACAUAAAUCAGAUCUGGGAUCUGUACUAGCUGGAACCUCCAUGGUUGGAGGUCCUCUGCCUUUUUGUGAAUGAAACUGACUGAAAGCAGAGACUGCACACACUGGGACCAGAACAAUCGGACUCACAGCAGACAGAGUGGGACCGACACACAUAACAGACUAAAUCACACACACAUGUCCAUUGUUUAUUCAUAGCAAUGAAGCACCAGAACUGAAGACAGAGUAAACUUUGUUGUGAAGACAAUGCUUUAAAUGUAGCUCGUUUUUGUGUCUUUGUUAGUGCAACACAAAGAGACUAGAGAUCGAUGCACAAGUGCUUUUGUGAGUUUUCAAGUGAUUGUGAGUUUUUUAUGCUUUUGAGUGUGUGCGCUGGUAUUGUGUUUAUUAGGUGCCACUUGUUUCAUCUUCCAUCCACUUGGGAAUGUUUCCUUUAUGCUGUGUGUCCAGUUUACACACACAUGCAGCAAGAUGCAACCAUAUGCUUAACAAAAAGGCACAAAGUCAAAGUGUAUAUUUAUGGAUGUAUGUGCAAUAUUUGAAGCUUGUUGUUACACUGGCACUAUUUUAUUAGAGCAUCUUGUCUCCUUAGUUUUUGUAUAUACUGCGAGUGAUUUAUUGGGGUCUUGGAUAAUUAAUAUUGCUGAAAACAAAGUAUUUGAAACUGAUUUAAGCCCCCCCCAUAUACCCUUUUUAAAAAGCCAAAGUGAUAAUUCUAGCAACAGAAAAAUAAGUUAUUAUUGUCUAAUAGUGACUGUGGUAUUUUGUCUUUAAAGAAACAGACCUUGUCUUCACAGCUGAACCCCUCCACCAAUUAUUUAAGGACUAUAUGCGUGUUAUUUCCUCUCACACAGAGUUCAUGAACUACCUGCAAAGAUAAACAGUCCAUAUCAAAACAAAAAACACCUUGUUGAUUAUGAGAUUUUGUACAUGCUACACUGAAUGUCAUUUAUCAGAUUGUUUGUCAGUUUUGUGUUGUUUUGUUUUUGUCUUUAAAUGCAUCAUGCACAGGCAGGCAGAACACAGUGGUCAGGGCAUCAGCAAAUCAUUCACUUUGAAUCAAAUAAUUAGUGUCAUGUUUAAUUUGUUUUGCUAUUUUUGAUGUUUUGUCAGAAUAAAGAGUUGUUUGAUAAAUGGUUCUGCUUAUAGCCUACUGUAACAAAUUUUCAGUAAUGCAGGUUAUUUUAACCUGGAUAACAUCUUUAUGUGGUCUCCCAUCAGAGGAAGGUCUCUUGCUCCUCCACAUGGAACAAAGUAAAAAUAUACCUCAACGUUUUAUUCUGCAAGACAGCGCCAUCCUGUGGCUUCAUCUGUCACAACUCAUGCAGGCAAAAACUGUAUAAGUUCCUCUUAAAUGUUUGGGGUCCAUUGGUACAUAAGUCUUUAUAGAUUUAUAUGUUAUCUGUUGAUGUCAAAGCCCUUUUUGUCAUUUUCCAUUUUUAUGUUUACAUAAAUUACACUACUUAUAAGUGUGUCAUCUGUCAAUUUACAAGCAUGGUCUUUUUAUUUAAAAGAAGAUGUGAGAACUUAUUAGAAAAAAAGGCUUGUGUAAGGAAAUAUCAAAGAGAACAAAGAUUAUUAUUAAUGAGCAGUCUCUCAAACACAAAAAUCACUUAAGUAAAAGAAUAUCAUGAACUGUAGGAUGAAACUUGAUCUUUAAAAAAGAGAGACAUAACAUUUUCUUCUUUAAACUCUUUAUUUCUUUGAAUAUAUUUGAUCAAAUGUAAAAUGAAACAUUUGAAGUAAAGAUUUAACAGUUUCUGACUAGCAAAUGUUGACACCAUUAAAAUAAAUGAACAUUAUUGGUACUUAUUACAUACCAUACGCAUAUGACAUACUGUUUUUUUGUUUAGUUUUUUUUUUUUCUUUUUUUUCUUUUUU